CCGCGUUGGGUCAAACCUCAGACUCCGCGACACGAAGCGGGCAGCUGCGAUUCCUAAAAGCUCGGGAAGAGUCGGAGAUGCGGUGAAGCGGCUUCAUUUGAGCCCAACUCAGAGGCAUGCGUAAGCGGACCAACUCGCAGACAGCGGAGCAUGACAGCGGGACCACCGGUACUCUGCUGGACAGCGACACGGACCUGAAGCAGCGCACCGGCAGAGAAGCGGCAGGGCCCGCAGCAGGCGGCCGGCAGGGCCCGGGAGCGGACCGGAGUAUGGCCAAACCGUUCCGGAGGUUGGGUCUGGUGGGGAAGCUGAAGAGGGUGGUGUUGUGGCUGCUGCUCGUCUACGUCUCCAUUCCCUUCAUCAUCAAGCUGUGUCCGUCCAUCCAGGCCAAACUCGUCUUCCUCAACUUCGUCAGAGAGCGGGAUGACAUCAGACGCUCUCUUUAUUUAUGAUUGGCUGAAGCGGCGGACAGACAAAACGCUGCCUCUUUACAUCUGGGGACACUCUCUGGGAACAGGAGUGGCAACCAAUGUGGUCAGACGGCUGUGUGACAGAGGAAGUCCUCCUGACGCGCUCAUCUUAGAGUCUCCUUUCACCAACAUCAGAGAGGAGGCCAAGAGUCACCCCUUCUCCAUGGUGUACCGGUACCUGCCCGGCUUUGAUUGGUUCUUCCUGGACGCCAUCACUGCCAACAACAUCCGCUUCACCAGCGAUGAGAACAUGAACCACAUCUCCUGUCCCGUGCUCAUCCUCCACGCCGAGGACGACAGCGUGGUUCCUUUCCACCUCGGUAAGAAGCUCUACUCGCUGGCGUCGCAGUCGAAGAGCCUGAGCGGUCACAAGGUUCAGUUCGUGCCCUUCCCCGCCGCGCUCGCCUACAAGCACAAGUUCAUCUACAGGAGCCCGGAGCUGCCAAACAUCCUCAGUGAUUUCCUGGGCACAGCUCAUCCCGUCGCACAGUGAGGACAGACAGGAAGUACUCGGAUUACUCUCUGCACUCCACGACAGCCGCACCGCCGCGGCUCGUUUUGUCCUCGCAUGACCUCGACACGUCAUUCCUGCUUCUGUUAGCAUUCCUCCCACAGCCGCGCUCGUGUCACAGCACGCAGGGUCGCCACGGCAACCGAUGCUUUUAAAGAGUGGUGGCGUGGAGUUUUUAAUAUUUUUGUGUGAUUGUGUCGAGUUUAUCACUGGAACUUUGUGUCUGAAGGCCUGUUACAACUUGAAUUAAAUAUUAUUUGUUUUAUUUGUCUUCA